AUUGCCUCGACGCACAAGCAGCAUGCUCAUGCGCUCGACCAAGACGUUGCGCUCUCGGACUCUAGGACCGUGUCUGGCUCCAUAUAGCAAGCGUCUGCGACGUAGCGAUGGCUGCUGGCGACAGAGUCUAAACGCACGCAACAUAUUGGUAACAGGAUAUCACGCACUUGUAGACUGACGAUGCUCCGCCACUUGUCGCUCUCGGCGUACGUCUGGACGUUCGGCGCGUACCUCGUCGUCUGGAUCGCCUUGAGCAUCUCGAUCCUGCACAUGCUCGAAGUUGACUACAGCAGCACCUUCUUCGCGCCCAAGACGCCGGCGCCCAGGGCGCGUGCCUACCACGAGCGCCGCAACAUCUCGGUCGACGACGCGUUCCUCGAGCUCUACAACUUUAGCAGCUGCUACCGCCAAGUCGACUAUGGCAUCGUCGACGCGAUCCAAGCCAAGGAGCUUUGCAGCCGCGACGACGACAGCACGUCCAUUACGCACUUACCAGGCGACGGGCUCUGGACCGAUGGCUCCGUAUGGCGCAACUUUGGCCUCGACAUGCGUGGUGCUACUGCCAUGGCGCUGAUCAAGAACCCGAUCGAGGAUGACGACGGGUACGACCCACGCUACAAGGCGCAGCCCAACCGCGUCCUGUGCGGUCAGUGUGCGCUUCAGGAUCCGACCGCACUGUCCUCGCUCCUCGCCCACGUCUUUCCGCAGCAUGCAAACGAGUCGACGCCCGAGUGGCGCUGCAACCAGCGCGAACGCGUCGUCUACGACACGGAAAUCAAGGAGCGCGCGAUCAUCGUUGCGCGCAAGGACGCCACGAACCCGUACUACCUUCUCUCGGCAGCCAUCAACGCCUGGGUCGUCGCGACACACCAACUGCAGUGGUCGCCAUCGACGACGCGCGUCGUCUUCCUCGAUGAUGCUGGGCGCAUGGAGUACGACAGCAUCUUUCAGAAACUGCUAAGUCCGGCCCACGACGUUAUCUACGGCACAGACCUCGUCGGGAAGCGCGUCGGCUUUCCCAACGACGCGCUCUUCGUACCCUUUGAGCACUUUGGUCCACUCACGCAGCAUCUCGACGACGAGCAGCCGUGCUUUGAGAGCUACCUCCUCCAAGACUUUCGCGAUGCUGCCUUUGACGCGUUCAAGGUGCCCCGGGUCACGCACAGCCCCGUGCACGACGCGACGCGGGCUUGUGUUGUGACGAUCGUGUCGCGGCGCCCCGUGCGCGGCCGCAACGUCAACCGCAUGUGGGCCAACGAGGACGACGUACUGCGGGCGAUGCAGGACAAGUACGGGCGCCACUGUCGGUUCCAGGCCGUGGAUUUUGCCACCAAGUCGAUGGCCGACCAGAUCGCACUCAUCGCCGAUAGCCGCGUCAUCAUCGGGAUGCACGGCGCGGGCCUCUCGAACGUGCUCUUUGCGGCCGCGCACGCGUACGUGAUUGAGAUUUUCCCGCUUUUGACCGAGAAGUUUGGGUACCGGAAUCUGUGCCAGUACCUCGGCCUCGAGUACAUUGCGGUGCGCGACGGCAUCGACACGAUCUGGCCGACGCAGCACAAGACGAUCGCGCUGGACGAGUGGUUCCGGACGUUCGACUUGGUCAUGGACGUCGUGCUGCGCGCGCAGGCCAAGACUGCAUACGAGCAGCGCAAGGCGAUUCAGCGCAAGAUCCACCGCAGGCAUAUCCUCGACGACGAAUUUCCCGACGUCUAAUAAGAUCUGGAGCAUAAGCUCCUAUUGGGUGUCGACACUCAGCUGCCAACGAUCGACUGCAGACGACGCCUGUGACGG